ACGUCAUUCUAGUGAAGUACAGGAACCGGCCGGGGAACACCCCCAGAGUCUUGUGUCUCUCAUUCUGUUUGCCCGUCGGCAUUUAUCGCCAGAUGCUGAUGUAAAUCGAUCAAAACAGUCUCAUAUUUAUUUGUAUUCUUCUGGACCUACGACCGAAAGCACGAAAGAGUCAUGGCGACCUACCAGGAAUUCAUCCAACAGAACGAGGACCGGGACGGCGUACGUUUCAGCUGGAACCUGUGGCCUUCCAGCCGGCUGGAGGCCACCAGGCUGGUGGUGCCCGUCUCCUGCCUCUUCACCCCCCUGAAGGAGAGGCCUGACCUGCCGCCAGUCCAGUAUGAACCCGUCCUCUGCAGCAGGGCCAACUGCAAGGCUGUGCUGAACCCGCUAUGCCAAGUCGACUUCAGAGCCAAGAUAUGGGCGUGCAAUUUUUGCUUCCAAAGAAACCCAUUCCCUCCAUCCUAUGCAGGCAUUUCAGACGUGAACCAACCAGCUGAACUCAUGCCACAGUUCUCCACCAUCGAGUACAUAGUUCAGCGCGGCCCCCCCACCCCGCUCAUCUUCCUGUACGUGGUGGACACCUGCCUGGAGGAGGAGGACCUGCAGGCGCUGCGCGAGUCCCUCCAGAUGUCCCUGUCCCUGCUGCCCCCCGACGCCCUGGUGGGCCUCAUCACCUUCGGACGCAUGGUGCAGGUCCACGAGCUCAGCUGCGAGGGCAUCGCCAAGAGCUACGUGUUCCGCGGCACCAAGGAGCUCUCCUCCAAGCAGAUCCAGGAGAUGCUGGGACUUAUGAAGCCGGCUGCCUCCGGCCAGCAGGGUCGUCCCGUGGCCCCCCACGACGCAGCAGCCUUCUUCUGCAAGUUCCUUCAGCCGGUCCAUAGGGUGGACAUGAACCUGACCGACCUGCUGGGAGAGCUCCAGAGAGACCCCUGGCCUGUUCCCCAGGGCAAGCGGCCCCUUCGCUCCACCGGCAUAGCUCUCUCCAUCGCCGUGGGGCUGCUGGAGGGCACGUUCCCCAACACAGGGGCCCGCGUGAUGCUGUUCACGGGCGGCCCCCCCACCCAGGGCCCUGGCAUGGUGGUGGGCGACGAGCUGAAGACCCCCAUCCGCUCCUGGCACGACAUCCAGAAGGACAACGCACGGCACCUGAAGAAGGCCACCAAGUACUACGAGGCUCUGGCGAACCGGGCGGCGGUGAACGGCCACUGCAUGGACAUCUACGCUUGCGCUCUGGACCAGAUGGGCCUGCUGGAGAUGAAGUGUUGCGCCAACCUUACCGGGGGCCACGUCGUCAUGGGCGACUCGUUCAACACCUCGCUCUUCAAGCAGACCUUCCAGAGGGUCUUCAGCAAGGACUACAAUGGAGAGUUCCGGAUGGCCUUCGGAGGCACGCUGGAAGUCAAGACGUCGAGAGAGCUGAAGGUGAGCGGCGCCAUCGGCCCCUGCGUGUCCCUCAACGCCAAGGGUCCCUGCGUCUCCGAGAACGAGAUGGGGAUCGGAGGUACGACCCAGUGGAAGAUCUGCGGCCUCAAUCCCUCCUCGACGUUGGCCAUGUUCUUCGAGGUCGUGAACCAGCACAACGCGCCCAUCCCGCAGGGCGGCAGAGGGGCGGUGCAGUUUGUCACCCAGUACCAACACUCCAACACCCAGAAAAGGAUCAGGGUCACCACCAUCGCCAGGAACUGGGCCGACGCCCAGUCACAGAUCCAGCACAUCGAGACAUCCUUCGACCAGGAGGCCUCGGCCGUGCUCAUGGCCCGCCUGGGCGUGUUCCGGGCCGAGUCGGAGGAGGGGCCCGACGUCCUGCGCUGGUUGGACCGACAGCUCAUUCGCCUGUGUCAGAAGUUCGGUCAGUUCAACAAAGACGACUCCACCUCCUUCAAGCUGUCGGAGUCUCUCUCACUCUACCCACAGUUCAUGUUCCACCUGAGGCGGUCGCCCUUCCUGCAGGUGUUCAACAACAGCCCAGAUGAGUCGUCCUACUACCGCCACCAUUUUGUGCGCCAGGACCUGACCCAGUCCCUCAUCAUGAUCCAGCCCAUCCUCUACUCGUACUCCUUCCACGGCCCACCAGAGCCCGUGCUCCUGGACAGCAGCAGCAUCCUGCCUGACCGCAUCCUCCUCAUGGACACCUUUUUCCAGCUGGUCAUCUACCACGGAGAGACCAUUGCCCAGUGGCGCAAGGCGCGCUACCAGGAGAUGGCCGAGUACGAGAACUUCAAGCAGCUGCUGCAGGCGCCGCUGGACGACGCCCAGGAGAUCCUGCAGACGCGCUUCCCCAUGCCCCGCUACGUGGACACGGAGCACGGCGGCUCGCAGGCCCGCUUCCUGCUGUCCAAGGUCAACCCCUCACAGACCCACAACAACGCCUACGGCUGGGGACAGGAGUCCGGUGCCCCCAUCCUCACGGAUGAUGUCAGCCUACAGGUGUUCAUGGACCACCUGAAGAAACUGGCCGUGUCUAGCGCCGCCUAAGAACCCCUCCACCUAAGACCAGGACCAAAGUGAAGGACGGAGAGAGAAAUAUUCCUAUAUACAUAUAGGGUCCCUGUAACAUUUCCAUUCUCCAGUAUGGCCACGGAUGAACACUUGACCACAAUCACCAUCCAUACUGGAAAAGCCAUAUUAAUAUUACAAUUCUCUUAUGUAAAGAAUUUUCUGACCAUUUUUACUGACAUUCCCUCCCAUCCUCAUAAUUUAGGUUAUUAAUCUUCUUUUUUUUUUGUCUGUCCUGUAAUGUGAAGCUACUGUAGCAAAUUGGUGGUCAAUGCUGCUUGAUGUGCUUUUGACUAUAAUCCAUGUCCCCACCAAGUUCACAGCAUGUGUACAUUCCUAAAAAGACCCUUAAUGGCAAGAACCAUGUUUUGAUGAAUGGAAGUCUAUUAUUAUUAUCGUAAGGGUACUGUUAAUAACUGAAUACGCAGACUGGAAUUUCAAUGAAGAACAUGGCUACUGUAAACUCUAACAGAUCGUAUAGGCCACUGAUACUUUACCCUAUUUCUUCCUGCCUGUCUGAAUUUUUCUACUAAUCUUCUCUCCCACCCCACUACCCACAAUUUUCCAAGACAGACUGUUCCUAAUGUCAACAUUGUAUUGUAUUAUAAAAGCAAAACAGUAAUUGGCCUGCAUUUGGUUUUAAGUAUCAAGCAUAUAAAAGUAUGCCAUGAUAACUA